CAUGAACGCUCAGUUCAAUUUAGCCUGAGAAGUGAAGGACUGACAGGGAGGUUAGAAGUGUCACUGCUACGCGUGCUACGUAUUUCUGCAUCUGGCGGUGACAGGAAUUUCUAAAAACAUGUCUGGUUCCUAAUAUUUCAAUGAUGGCAGUUGAAAGGUUUGUUGCCAAAACUCUAGAAUUACUGCAGGAGGAGAGAGAAACCGAAAUCGAGGAAACCAGGUCAUGGCAAGAGAAUGUUUCUGUAAAAGAACUGCAACGCAAAGGUGUUUGUCUUAUGAAACUGCAAGCAUCAAGUCAGAGAACAGGAUUGUAUGGACGACUUCUAGUAACAUUUGAACCCAGAAAAUAUGAGGCAACUGCAGUUCUGCCCAGCAACAGCUUUACACCAGGUGACAUUCUGGGUCUGUACAGUUCUGAAGGAAUUAGUCCAUCCUUUCAGCUGGCCACAGGUGUGGUGACACGUGUCACCGUAAGCUCUAUUUCUGUAGCAUUUGAUGAGUCCAGUGACAGUUUGGAUUUGGACAGAGAGGGACCAUACAAUCUUUUGAAGUUAUCCAAUGAUGUGACCUACAAAAGAAUAAAAAAUGCUUUGAAUUCGCUCAAACAGUACCAUGGUGGCAAUGCAGCUCAUUUGAUAGGAGUCCUCUUUGGAUCUUCAGAGCCCAGUUUGUCACAAGACCAAAGACAAUUGAACUUUUAUAACAGCUCUUUGGAUGAAUCCCAGAAAGCAGCUGUUGAGUUUGCUAUGUCUCAGAGAGAGCUUGCCAUAAUCCAUGGACCACCUGGUACGGGAAAAACUACCACAGUGGUUGAGAUUGUCCUGCAAGCUGUCAAAAAGGGCAUGAAAAUUCUUUGUUGUGCCCCAUCUAAUGUGGCAGUGGACAACUUAGUUGAAAGGCUGGCAAAGAAUAAAGUUAAGGUUUUACGUCUUGGGCACCCUGCUCGUCUUUUGGAGUCAAUUCAGAAACAUUGCUUGGAUGCUGUACUUGCCCAUAGUGAUAGCACACAGAUCAUCAAGGACAUUAGAACAGACAUUGAUCAAGCUUUUGCAAAAAUGAAAAAGUUUCAGGACAAAUGUGAAAAAAGUAAUUUGUAUGGAGAGAUUAAAUCCUUACGGAAAGAGCUAAGACAGAGAGAAGAGUCAUCCAUCACCCAGAUCUUAAAGAAGGCAGAUGUUAUAUUAGCUACAAAUACUGGUGCAUCUGAUGAUGGUCAAUUGAAACUGCUUCCAGAAGAUUACUUUGACCUAGUUGUAAUUGAUGAGUGUACCCAGGCGUUGGAGGGGAGCUGCUGGAUUCCACUUCUGAAAGCACCAAAGUGCCUCUUAGCUGGAGAUCACAAACAACUUCCUCCUACCAUCAAAUCACACAACGCUGCAGCAAAAGGCCUCUCUGUGAGUUUAAUGGAGCGUUUGAUAGAAAAGUAUGGAGAUAAAGUCGUUAAAAUGCUGACUGUCCAGUAUCGUAUGAACCAGGCGAUCAUGAAGUGGGCUUCAGAAGAGAUGUAUGGAGGUCGACUAAUCGCUCACUCAUCUGUAGAGGCCCAUCUACUUAAGGAUUUGCCUGGAGUUAGUACCAUAGAAGAGACUAGCCUUCCCCUGCUGCUUAUUGACACAGCUGGCUGCGGGCUUUUUGAGCAGGACGUUGAAGAUGAGCAAUCCAAAGGCAAUCAAGGUGAAGCCGACAUUGUGUCGUUGCAUGUGGAAGCUUUGAUAAAGGCUGGUGUCAAAGCUAAAGAUAUUGCAGUUAUCACUCCAUAUAAUUUACAGGUUGAUAUGAUAAAAGAGCGGCUUGCUCAAAAGUAUUCUGAUCUGGAAAUUAAAUCAGUGGAUGGCUUCCAGGGAAGAGAGAAAGAAGUUGUAGUGUUGUCAUUAGUAAGAUCGAACAGAAAAGGGGAUGUUGGUUUUCUAGCAGAAAACCGGAGGAUCAAUGUUGCUGUCACAAGGGCUCGAAGGCAUCUUGCAGUAGUUUGUGAUUCACGCACUAUUUGUCAUCACGGCUUUUUGAAAUCACUUGUUGAUUAUAUGACCAACCAUGGAGAAGUCCGAACUGCGUUUGAGUAUCUAGAAGACAUUGUACCACAGAACUAUUCACAUGACCCUACUCAGGAACAGAAAAAAGAACCGAAGAUGAACAAAAAUCUCUUGGGCCAGCAGGGCAAAAGCUCUCAAAGAAGCCUCAAUGAAGAAGAUAAGGGAAAGCCCAAAAAAAGGGAGAAAAAUGCAAAAUCAAAUAAAUUUCAUGGUAAAAAUAAUGAUAUUACAGAUAAGUUGUUCAAAACCACGGACUGCCUUGAGAUUAGAGAUAACUAUGCUGAACUAAAAGCAAAGAUUUUAGAAUUUGUCAGCCAGCCUCAUGAGGAAAAAUUAGACUUCCCACCAUCUCUAAAUUCUCAUGAUCGUUUGCUGGUGCACCAGAUUUGUGAAGAGCUUGGCCUUAACCAUGAAAGCAAAGGUGAAGGAAAAGACAGAUAUAUUACAGUUUCAAAAAAAGUUAAACUUAGAAUGGAACAAUGCACAGAGGGCAAAGAAAAAGAAACAGAACCACUUUCUAAAGCAAUGACUGAUGAGGAUGUCCAAGCUGAAAUACCAUGUACCUUAAAAAGUUCCACUCAGACUGAUCUGAAGGCUCUUCACUUUGAAAGACUUCAGCGAGAACAACAGAAAGUAAAGCCCAAUCAAGAAGUGAAACCAGCCAUGCAGAUAAAGUGCUCAAAGAAAAGCAAAAAUACAGAAAAGGGAAAGACUUCAAAUAAAGUUGAACCUGUAGAAACUGCAUUGGCUGAUGCUGACUUUGAUGAACUAAUUGCAGCUGUUGUAAAAGCGGACAGUGUCUGUGCAUUUUUAAAAUGCAAAGCCAGUGUUUUGACGAUAGGGCAAUUGUGCCUACACUGUAACAAGCGUUAUUGCUUGUCUCAUCAUAUCCCAGAGGUCCAUGGCUGUGGUGAUAAAGCUAAACACCAGGCUCGUAUCAGAAUCAGCCGGGAGGGAGUGGUUUAUGCAGGGAGUGGAGCAAAAGACAAAUCCUUAGACCCAGUGAAAAAAGUUCAUCUUCAGAGGAAACUGGACAAGAAACUUGAUGAUUUAGCCUCCCAGAGAAAGCCUAAAAAGAAGGAGAAGGACAAGGACUGAUGAUUAUAAAUGGGAAUAUUCUUGCAGUUAUUAAAACAGAAUUAUUUUUUUAUGUUGAAUGUUCACACUAGAAGAAUUAAAAAGCAAGUUGCAUUAGGCCACACAGUUCCUAAUACCUCAGUUUAUUACACUAUCCCAAAAUCCUUUGUGUACUAUUUGUAUGUAAUUUAUGAGUUAUUUUCCAAGUAAGAGAAUAUUCCCAUUGUCUCUAUAAAUGAAUUAUUGAUUGGC